AUAUCCUCAGCAGGGGCCAUUUUUCUCUUAGCGUUACGCGUCCAUUUUUGAUCUAGAUGAUUGCCUCUGUCCGCUUAACUGAUAGGUAUAGCUGAGAAAAAUGUCCUCCUUCCGAGUGUUGAUCGUCGGAGGCAGCAUCACAGGGUUGUCCUUGGCGCUGAUGCUAGAGAAGAACAACAUCGACUUUCUGGUACUCGAGGCAUAUCUGGACAUCGCGCCUCAGGUCGGUGCUUCGUUGGCCUUACAGUCUAUUGGACUCCGGAUUCUCGACCAGCUGGGCGUUUGUGAUGAGCUUUUGGAACAUGCGCAGGGCCACACUGUACAAGAAAGUAUUUACCGAAGCCCAAAUGGCGAGAAGAUGUGGAGGGCCAGCAACCUCAGUGACGAGAUGAGCGAUCGACACGGGUAUCCGAUAGCGUUUCUAGACCGACAAACGGUGCUUCAAACGCUAUACAACAAAGUUCAGAAUAAAAGCAAGAUCCUGACAGGAAAGAGGGUACAGACUAUAGACAAUUCUGAUCCGACCAUGGUAAAUGUAAUUACAACCGAUGGGUCAAUAUAUAGCGGUGACAUUGUCGUCGGCGCCGACGGGAUUCAUUCAACCGUUCGCCAGGAGAUGGCGCGUCAAGACGUAGACACGGGUCGAGAUUACUUAGAGGAAAAAUCAAUCUCUGCAACCUACUCCUGUGUCUUCGGGAUUUCACACCGGACUCCCGGCAUUGAUCCUGGCACCCUUCAGGACGUAUUCAACGAGAAGUUCUCUUAUCUUAUUGCUGACGGGCCCGGCGACCGUACCUAUUUCUUCCUAUUUGAGCACAUGGACAGGGUGCGAUUUGGCCAGGAAAUCCCUCGACUCACAGAGGCAGACAGAGAUGAAAUGGCCGGCAGACACUUUGAUGAUCCUAUCACCUCAGAUGUCAAAUUUGGUGACAUCUACGCACGUAGAAUCAGGUCCGGCGUCACUCCCCUGCAGGAGCAUGUAUACAAACAUUGGCAUUAUGGAAGAAUGAUUGCGCUUGGUGAUGCAAGCCACAAGCUUCAUCCAUUAACAGGGCUGGGGGCGAACUGCUGCAUCGAAACAGCAGCAUGCCUCACCAAUGGCCUUAUGAGGCUACUACGCUCUACACCUCCUGGAAAACAGGUCCCAGAUAGGGAGAUAUCCGACAUGUUCGAAACGGUUGAGCGGACACGCCAGCCAAGGGUUCGCCAGCUCAUCGAGAUAGCCCACAAGCGUCAGAAGCUCGAGGCUAUGGACACACCCGAACUAAAGUCGUAUGUUGCUACGAGGAUCCCAAGCCUCCCAGUAAAGGUUGUCUACAACGAAUGGUUAAAGACCAUUCCACAGGCAGUGUCGCUGGAUAUGCUUCCUUUACCAACAAGGCCACACAGAGUCCCCUAUCAUGAUGAGCUAAAGGCCGAGGAGACCAAGCAUGCCAGGGAGGGUUCCAAAUUAUAAUGGGAGGGGUGUCUCGCGUCUAUUUGGGCUGAUAUAAAGAUGACCUAUCAGAUGCUCAAACCCCUUUUCGCGACACCGAUCGGUUAUAUGGACGCUAUUAUGCUGGCGGACACGGCGAAAUCUUUUCUAGACCGUAUUUUCAGAAGUAAAUAUAUAGAUUGGCUCCUCUCCGGCAUCCGCGGCUAUCAUCAUAUCCUGAAAAGGCUUCCUAUUUACCUACUGAGAUCUGAGCAUUUGUAUGUGCUUCUAUUUUGCUGCGGCUACUCUCCGACAAUUGCCUAUAAACUGUAUAGACACAAAUAUACACUGUAGGUUGCACGAUAGGAUAAUAUUUCCUGGAAUAGUGUUCCGCAUGUCCAUCGAUCCGUAACGCGUUAAAUGGCCUUCAAGAAACCUAAAACAUGUGUGCAUAGCUGGAAAUUCACUGCAGUCGAUGACCUCUCCAGAUAAGCGACGUGGUUACACCACGUAAGAUGAUACCAUCGGGCAACUUUCCUGUAUUCGCCCACAGCAAACUCCUUUCAUCCGUGAUUCACAUAACCUAUUGCGACUGACAAUGUGGGUGGAGAAUGAC